AUGGUGUGGAACAUUUGGAGCAAGAAGGAUAUUUUGUGGAUUAAAUGGCUUCAUACUUACUACAUGAAACAGGCGGAUGUAAAGGAUUUCAAGCCUAGCCAUAAUUUCUCUUGGAUUAUAAAGGCUAUCUUCAAGAAUAAGGACAUGAUGACUAAUUCUGAAGCUUGCCAGAAGUUCCAGACAGAUGGGAGGUGCAAGACUAGUAUCAUGUAUAGUUACUCGAGGCGUGAUAAACCUAAAGUCGACUUGAGGGUCAUGUUCUAUGGAAACAUUGCUAGACCUAGGGCGAUUUUCAUACAUUGGAUGACAUGUCAAAACCGACCGAUGACCAAGGGUAAGGUGAUAAAGUAUGGUAUAUCUACAGAUGGUCUUUGUACAUUCUGCAAUAUGCUUGAAAGCUGCCACCAUCUCUUCUUUGAAUGUGUCUAUACUAAACAGGUCUGA